AUGAGUCCAGUGAAUAGUUUGUGGUUUAAGUGGAAGAGCCUUCGAUUGCCGUGGCGAAAAUCCUUCCUGGCUGGGUCGGACCUAGCCGGAAACACGUACUGGGAAUUUAAAGAUGCGCUGAAUGCCUCGCGGUAUCGGCGGAUUGUCAAAGUCGAUCCUAAAACCCACCUCGCAGAUGUUCAAGUGAGCCCGCAAUGGCAUCAAUGGCUCCGCCACAUGCGUGCAGAUCCACCUUCGAUCGAAGAACAGAAACAGGACAUCCUCCGACAGCUUCAGAUUAAGCGACUUGCUCGUCUGGCCGACGAGCGAUGGGCAAGCAAACCAUCCUAUCUUGAUAAGCCACAGACUCAACAUCCUAUGCCUGCUACCAAAACGAGCGAUGACACGUUGAAUCCGCCCACGAGAAGAACCAAUUCUGCUCCUAGUCAGGGAGGCAACGAUGUUACUGAGACGGAAAAUCAAGCCAAGGACAAAACUCCGACAGCGAAAGAAGACCCCUGGGCGCAGACAAGAGGUGGGCCCAGUGAGAACUGGCAGCCUGACUCUUGGACGCCCAAGACGUCUCAGAGAUGA